CUUGCAGCAUGUGCUCGAAGGUGGGCCCUUUCUGGCCCCACCGCUCGGGCAACGAUGCACUACAGGUUGCUUGUACUGUGUGCUCGGGUCGGGUGCACGCCUCCGAGGAGGACGUCCAGCACUACUGCACGUCCUCGUGCGUCCCAUUUGGGAGGCCUCGGUCGCUACUCCCCCCAUCCGCCCCUCGCAGGCCUCUGGAGGUUGACACCAACACCAAUAUCGGCGGUGUGCCUCCGCCGAGGGAAGAAGAUUCCGAUCCCGGGGAUGGUGGUAACAUUCUGGCUUCCAGGGUGGCCGAAGCGUUACCACCGACACCGGAAUCUGGGGUCAUCUCCCCCCUGUGGAGGCAGCCCCCUGUGUUGGUGUUGGUGCCCACUUCCAGGCCUCCGAGCCCCGCCCCCGUCCCGCGCGCCGCCACGCCCGAGCUACGGGGGUCCUCUCAAGGGCCCCGCCGCCCCGCGGGCGGGCCUGCCCACCGGCCCGCCGCCAGCUCCCCCGCUCGUGGAAGCGCAGGGCCCGAGCUCGCGGGAGCUCUGACGAGCCCGCCCCUCGUCGCCGUCGUCUGCCUCUCCUCCCUCAUGUUUCCGGCGUUGUUUCCUCUGGGCCUCCCCGGCCUCGCGCGCCUCCCGCCGGCCGCGGCGGCCAUGCCGCACGGCCGGGGCGAGGUGCCAGUGCGCGUGGCCCUGCUCUCGGGCGAGGAGCCGUACGGCAGCACUGGUGUGCUCGAGGCGCUCUCGGUGGCGGUGCAGAGGCGGCGGCCCGUGUUCGUCUGCCCCGUGGUCGACUUCGCAGCGUUCGAGGGUCUCCAGCGGGCCGCCGCCAGCGCCGCCGGCGACGCGCCGGCACCCGCGCCCGCGGGAGCGGCAGGAGCCCCAGGUGCCCGGGCAGCCCAGCCGGGCGGCGGCAGGAGCGCCCCUGCGCCGGCCGCCCCGCUCUCCACGAUGGUCAUGCUGAGGCCGCUGUCCACGGUGGAGGAGGCGUUCGCCGCGCUCCGGCACGAGCAGAUGCUCAGAGGCGACUUCGUGCGAGCUGAGCUACUCCUCGACGACGGAGGUGGGGGCCAGCGAGGUGCCGCAGCCCCGGCAGCGAGCCCCACCAGGGUGCUGAAGCGGGAGGAGACGUGCUGCGGGGCGGAGGCGGCGCCGCCACGCCGUGUGCGCUCGUGCUCCGGGUCCUCACCAACAAGAAGGCGCCUCCUUGCGAGCGCGCGCCCUUCCGCCUCUCGGCGGGCCUGGCCUUCCCCGCCUCGGGG